UUGGCAACAAUAAAAAAAGAACGAACUUUGAGACAAACCCUUUGUGCUCUCUUUUACAAAUCCCUAGAUUAGUCUCCUUUGUCUGGCUUUGAAGUUUUGAUAGAUUUCUGAUUAGUAACGAAUGGGAAAGAGAUUAAAGAAAGGUCAAAAGCCUCCAUAUGUGGUUGCCUCCAUCGGUCUCCAAGAAGAUAACUAAGCAAUCUGAGCACAGCGUGGAGGUAACUGAGGAGGUUGUGACAAUGCCGGAAAAAAGAUCUUGUGUCCAUUUUGAUAAAUUUGUUGAUUUGGAUAAGCUGUUGAAAACGAUUAAAUCCUCUCAACGAAUCAAGUGUGGAGAAUGCAAGGAAGGAGUGCACGUGAAGAGAGGAAGUAAAGGGAGUAUUAGUAGCGGGAUAUACUGGUUUUCUUCUUCUGACCAGAAGUGUGCUAAAAAGGCUAUUUGGGUUUGUUUGGAAUGUGGCUAUUAUGUUUGUGGAGAUGUUGGUUUGCCGACUGGGGCUCAGAGUCAUGUAAUGCGGCACUUCAGGUUGACGCGUCACCGCUUGGUGAUUCAAUGUGAAAAUCCUCAGUUAAGAUGGUGUUUCUCAUGCCACUCACUUCUCCCUUUUGAUAAUGAAGAGAAUGGUGAGAAGAAAGAUUUGUUACUGGAAGUCGUGAAAUUGAUUAGAGAACGAUCUCCAAACACGUUCUCCGCUUCAGUUGAAACUGAAAAUUCAUGUUCAGGAAGUGGUAGUAUCGCUGGUGGUAGUUUUAUUGGUGGUAUAGAAGCAAGAGAUGGUUAUGCUGUAAGAGGUUUAGUUAACCUUGGGAACACAUGUUUCUUUAAUUCUGUAAUGCAGAACCUUCUCUCUUUGGAUCAAUUACGUGAGAACUUCUUGAAAGAUGAUCUAUCUGUUAGCGGGCCUCUCGUUUCUUCCCUGAAGAAAUUAUUUGCUGAAUCAAAAUCAGAGGCAGGCUUUUUUAGGAAUGCGAUAAAUCCAAGAGCCCUUUUCGUUUCUGUCUGUUCUCAGGCUCCUCAAUUUAGGGGAUAUCAGCAGCAUGACAGUCAUGAGUUGCUAAGAUGUUUGUUGGAUGGUUUGAGCAUUGAAGAAUCGAGCCUGAGGAAGAAGCUUGGUGUUUCUGAUAGUAAUGACAGUUCUUCAUAUCAGAAACCUACUCUAAUAGAUUCUGUAUUUGGAGGUGAAAUUUCAAGCACUGUUUCUUGUUUGGCAUGUGGGCAUUUCUCAAAAGUGUAUGAACCCUUUUUGGAUCUCUCUUUACCUAUUCCGUCCAAGAAACUUCCUCCUAAAAAGCAAAGAAUCGUUUCUCUGGCAAAGGAGGUCCUUAAGAAUGGGGCAGUCGGCAAAGAUUCAGAAGUUGUGUCAGCUAAACCUGCAUCGGAUCACAAUUUCACUGUUUCCAACCCUUCUUCUAUGGCCCUUAAUGAUAAGCAGGUCUCUGAUAUCACAACAGAAUCUGAUACCGAACAAUGCGAACUUGAUAUUUGGUCGGAUUUGGACUUGCUAGGUGAUGUUAGUGAUAUUGCCACAUCAACCAAGGCUAAAGGAGUUAAUCAGACUUUGGUAGGUAGCACAGAAACGCUGAUGCAUGAUAAUGAUGGAACUGCAAAACCAGAAACUGUACCAGAUAAUGAAGAAGCACAAUCUAAUGAAGACACAUCUGCAAGUGGGAUUUCCGCAGUGAUAGAUGAGGCUCAAGUUUUCGGUUCUCCUGAUUUAGAGAAAAGUUCUUCAUCUGCAAAUCAGUGGGCUGAUGAAGAGCUUCCCUUGAUGGUUCCAGAUUCUCAGGUUCUGUAUAUGCCUUAUAAAGAUCAUUUAUCCUAUGAUGAUAAUACAGUUGCAGAAGGUAAGGAUGGGGCUUUCUCGUCAUAUGUCAGCUGCCGCCAUGAACAAAUCGAAGAUCAUUUUGACUUUAACGCUGAUGAACCUGGCAUCUCCUCUAUUAAUAUAACAGAUAUGGCAGGUGAGGGCGGAGCUUCCUCGUCAUUCGUGAGCGGUGACCAUGAACCAAAAAUAGACUAUAUUGACUUUAGCAGUUUUUUUGAUGAGCCUGAGAUACCCGAAGGACCUGUUUUUAGACUGCUAUCUAAAGCUGAAGUUUCUGAAGCUGGUUUUAUGGCUGACAGCAGUAAUGAUAAAACAGUUAGUGCAGGUAAGGGUGAAGCUUCCUCGUCAUUCGUAAGCAGUGACCAUGAACAAAACAUAGAUUAUGUCGACUUUGCCAGUUUUUUUGACGAGCCUGAAAUAUCGGAAGGACCUUAUUUUCGACCAUUAUCUAAAUCUGAAGUUUCUGAAGCUGGUUUUAUGGCCGUCAGCAGUAAUGAUAAAACAGUUAGGGCAGGUAAGGGUGAAACUUUUUCGUCAUUCAUGAACGGUGACAAUGAAAGAAACAUAGAUUAUGAAUCUAUUAACAGUUUAUUUUACGACCGUGAGACAUCUGAAAGACCUGUUUUUGGACCACCAUCUAAAGCUAAAGUUUCUGAAGCUUGUUUUAUGGCUGUCAGCAGCGACUCUGAUCCUGCAGUUCUUGAUGAUUCGGAUUCACCAGUGUCUGUAGAUAGGUGUUUGGCUCAGUUCACCAAGCCUGAGAUUUUGUCAGAAGACAAUGCUUGGCAUUGUGAGAAUUGUUCGAAGAACCUAAAACUUGAGCGGUUGAGAGAAAAGAGAAAAACUGAAGGAUUGAGCAAAGGAUGGGUGAAUGAAAAUGGAGCUAGUUCGGUUUUUGAUGAGUGUAGAGACAAUUCAUUAAGUCAAUCCUGCAUAGAUCUCGAAAACGGGUAUAAAGCUGCUCCUCCGAUCACAGAAUUGCCAAACUGCAAGGAAAAGGAAAACGCAGUAGAUGAUGGAAUUCUGGGAGACUCAGAUCCAAAGCAAGCUCCAAUUACUUCUUCUGUUACUGAAACACCUAUCCUCGGUGGAGAAACCAUCAGUUCUCAACCAGCCAGCGACAAUGAAUGUGAAAACUGGGAAGACUUGGCAGUAGAUUCUGAGAAAGUGAUAGUAAAAAGAACUGCUACUAAAAAGGUACUUGUGAACAAGGCACCACCUGUCUUGACCAUUCAUCUCAAAAGGUUCAGCCAAGAUGCUCGAGGCAGAAUAAGCAAGCUAAGUGGCCAUGUUGAUUUCCAAGAGUUCAUUGAUCUUAGCCAAUAUAUGGAUACAAGGUGCACCGAAGAAGACCAGCCGGUUUACAGGUUGGCCGGGUUAGUGGAGCAUUUAGGGACAAUGAGAGGAGGUCAUUAUGUUGCUUACAUUAGAGGAGGCCACAAGGAGAUGAGGCAGUCUGAUAUUACAGAACCAAACUCAUCCAUAUGGUAUCACGCAAGCGAUUCUUUUGUUCGACGGGCUUCUUUGGAAGAAGUUCUCCGUUCUGAAGCGUAUAUCUUAUUUUACGAACGAAUCUGAGAACCUAGAGACUGGAAAUCUUUUGUUUUUUUUCUUUCUCUUUCUAUAAUAUAGGUUAAAAGGUCAA